UUCAUUGAUGAUGUAUCAUAUUUAUACAAGUAUUGUAUGUACAGAAAAAUAGGGAAUAUCCCAAAACACUUGCUCUAAUCUUAUUGGCUAGAAAAAUAACAAACUCUGUACAAAAAUUUUUAUUUGUCAUGUAGCUAAUUAUGGUAGGACAGCUGUGUGCUGAGUUGUAUUUGUUUCUGGGCUGUAUUUGACAAUUGGGCCAGCACCAACAUAGUCUGUGUUUGUGGGAGUUGGGCUUGAGUGAUGAUUUGGCCCAAGUAUUUCUUUAUCUGGUCCAAAUAUUUCUUUAUCUGAUCCAACACAUGUAGACUUGGGAAAUAACGAAGUUGACUUCUCCAUUUCUUCUUCUUCACUUUGUUGAUGGACAUUAUUGAGUUCAACACCCCCCCUCAAGUUGGAGGGUAGGGGAGAUACACCCAACUUGCUAAGAAUCGAAUGAUGAGAAGGUCCUGAAAGAGAUUUGGUGAAAAUGUCGGCGAUCUGAGAUGAAGAGGGCACAAAAUUCAGGGAAAUCAACCCAGCAAGAAAUUGUUGCCGUACGAAGUGGCAGUCAAGAUCGACAUGCUUUGUACGUUCGUGAAAAACGGGAUUCCGAGCUAUGUGUAAAGCGGCUUGGCUGUCGGAGUGGAUCGGAAUGGGAAGAGGAGGUGGCACCGACAAAUCCCCCAAAAGACGAUUCAACCAGGGGAUCCUCCCACACUGAUGAAAUAACCACUUAUAGAGCGUCUGGUGUCAUGACAUGUAGCCCAGUCCGCAUCGCAAAAUGCGAGAAUGGACAUAGAGGGAGAAGCAUUCAUGAAUAGACCAAGACCAGGAGAUGUGCGAAGAUAUCGUACCACGCGAAGAGCAGCAUCAAAAUGUGGUAAUCGAGGAUUCUGCAUAAAUUGGGAGAGAUGUUGCACAGCAAAUGACAGAUCUGGUCUGGUAUGUGUCAAAUAAUUCAACUUUCCUAUGAGUCGUCUAUAUAUGAGAGGAUCCUUAAGUAAAUCACCUGUUGUAGCUGAUAAUCUUUGAGUAGGAUCUAAAGGA